CGUCAGGUGGGUUGUCGUGUAGAUCAUUGUAGCCUGCGAGUCGCUUUAUCUAUUUUUAUCUGACAGAAACGAAGUAACUCGUCGUUCUAAACCGCUUUUAAGACACACUGGUCAAACAUAGUAAUACGCACUAGUACUUUUAAAAGUCGAUUAAGGUCGAUAUUACCAAAUCUCAAUUCAUUUACCCGGAAAAGUAACGUUAACGGUUUUACUCUUAGCAGUUUGAAGCUGAACGUUAAGCCUGCUGUCGUUUAACAUGGAUCAAUUUGAAGUAUCUACAAAAGAAACAAAGAACCCCUGGGGGUCUCCGGCCCUGACACCCUCGCCCUGUUCUCUUGCUGACGUCAUGAGCGAGCAGUUGGCUAGACAGCUGCAUGACGAUGGAAAGUCAUUCUCCAACUGCCCGGAUGCUGAACUGGACCUGACGUGCACUCCAGAAAAAGACACAUCCAGCGACCUGUUACUGGCCCAGAUGCUUCAGAUGCAGUUUGAUCGUGAGUUCGAUACGCAGCUCCGGAGAGAGGAGAAGAAGUUUAACGGAGACAGCAAAGUCUCGAUAUCCUUCGAGAACUACCGCAUGGUCCAUCCGUACGAGGACAGUGACAGCUCGGAAGAUGAGGUGGACUGGCAGGACACGUGUCACGACCCCUACAGAGCUGAUAAGCCAACAACUACCCCCAAGAAAGGUUUUGUUGGGAAAGGCAAGAACAUCACCACCAAACACGAUGAGGAGGUUUGUGGACGGAAGAACACGGCACGCAUGGACAACUUUGCUCCGGAGGUGCAGGUGGGAGACGGGAUCGGCAUGGACCUGAAACUCUCCAAUCAAGUGUACAAUGCCCUGAAACGUCACUGUCACUCAGAGCAGCGUCGCAGUGCCCGUCUGCAUGAUAAGAAGGAACAUUCAACUGCUGAACAAGCUGUGGACCCCAGGACCAGACUGCUCAUGUACAAAAUGGUGAAUUCUGGGAUACUGGAGAACAUCAACGGCUGUAUUAGCACGGGCAAGGAGUCAGUGGUGUUUCAUGCUAGCGGAGGGAGCGGCUUUGAGGACAAGAUCGUUCCAGAGGAGUGCGUUCUCAAGGUUUUCAAGACCACGCUAAAUGAAUUUAAGAACCGGGAUAAAUACAUCAAGGAUGACUAUCGCUUUAAAGAUCGAUUCGGCAAGCUGAACCCUCGCAAAAUCAUCCGCCUGUGGGCCGAAAAGGAGAUGCACAACCUCACCAGGAUAAAGAAAGCAGGCAUCCCGUGUCCAGAGGUGGUGAUUCUGAAAAAGCACAUUCUUGUGAUGUCAUUCAUCGGACGGGACCACGUGCCAGCACCUAAACUGAAGGAUGCCACGUUGAACUCUGAGGAUAUGAAGAAAGCGUACUAUGAAGUUCUGAAUAUGAUGCAACGGCUGUAUCAAGAUUGUAACCUGGUUCAUGCUGACUUGAGUGAAUAUAACAUGCUCUGGCACGAUGGACAGGUCUGGUUUAUUGAUGUGAGUCAGUCCAUCGAGCCCACUCACCCUCACGGUCUUGAGUUUCUGUUCCGGGACUGCAGAAAUGUGACCACAUUUUUCCAGAAAGCUGGUGUGUCCGAAGCUUUGGAUGUGUUUGAGCUCUUCAACACGGUGUCUGGACUGCAGAUAAACAGUGAUAAUGAGGCAGAUUUCUUAGCUCAGAUCGAAGCCCUGGAGAAGAGAAACGAAGAUCAUGUGCAAAAACGAGGCAAGAAAACCUUCAUGGCCAACACUGAGGGCAGCCCACCCCGUUUAAACACCGGCGAUGAUUAACACCAGCGAGAUCAUCCUCAGAAAUACAAGGGAGAGACAAUCCCCUUGAGCUCCAGUCACAAACCGGUGCGGAAUGGGAAGAGCCGUCACGCCCGUGUGAAACACUCGCACUCAAUCACUGCUGUUAACAUGUUUGCUUGAAGCUGAAAGUGACACCGAUGGGUCAUUUCAGCAUAACCUGUCAUUUUAACAGACAGUUUUGAAAGAUGGAAUAAAAAAGACAUUCAAAAAAUUAAUGAAACAAGUAAAUAUGGAGACGCAGGUAAUCUAAUGUAAUUGUGUGGAUUUAAACCGUGUCUCCUUUCAGAAGAAGGGCGAACAGAGACAGAAGAUGAGUCCUACUCUCUGAACGCUCUGAGUUUGUGUGUGUUGAGCUUUAGAAAUAAACAGGAUUUGGGACGGGUCAGUGUCCUGAGGUGUCUGUGGGAUCGUUUUACUUGUGAGAUGAUUGUUGUAGCUUUGUUGUGUCUGAGAUCUUAUGUAGAAUCAAGUGAAGAAAAUAAAAUAAACUCUGACA